AUGUCGUUGGGCGAGCACCAGAAGGAGAUGGUGGCGCUGGCGCGGCAGCAAAAUGUCGUCGUGAGUGGCAAGAGCGGCAUCGGCAAGACGUUUGCAGCUGCGUUCUUCAUCCGUGAGAUGUUGCUCGAUCACCCGGAAAGCAAGGCCCUUGUACUCGUGACGAGUGUGGCCAAGACCACCGAGGUGUUCAAGUUAGUGUCACGGCUUUGCUCGGAGAAAGUCGCAGUCGCAUCGGAGGACGUGGCUCAUCUGUGGCAGGACGCGGCGCACUCGAAGCGUGAGUGUGCGCAAGCUCGAGUGCUGUGUGUGUCACCCUCGAUUGCGUCCCACUUGUUCUAUUUGGGUCACAUUUCACUGGAAACACUGGCGCUGAUCGUGGUCGAAGAUAUGGAAGACAUGUUUGCCACCGCCGCAACAUUCACCGAACGCCUCGCGACUAAGUACAUCAAGGUACCGCACCUACAGCGGCCAAGGCUGUUUGCCAUGGUGUCGAAGCCGCUCUCAGAGCUCGAUCUACCGACAAGUCGGAAUCCGUUGUACAAACUCGUGACAGCAUUUUGCAUCUCGCAGCCCACGUUUCGGAAACGUGCGACCAUUGCGCCGAUCAUUGUCGAGACCUUUCAGUACGAAUCAAGCAACUACGCCGAUGCCAUAGGACACCCGGUGGAUUUUCUUCGCGGGGCGAACCCCUUGCACUGCAACGCUGAAGCGCUGUACGCCAGUCUGCUCACACUCGGCAACGUCUCGUCACAGUACGAUGUCUUGACGAUUGAAAGCCGGCGCAAACGAUUCGUUACCGCCGCUGAGGCCAUCCUGGAGCAACUUGGAUUGUGGUGUUUUCUCAAGUUUAUUGAGCUGGAACUGCGCCAUGAGCUCAAGGACACUCUCGACCGGCAAAUCGACAACGGCAUGGAUGCACAAGCUAUCAAUAUCUUGACCACCAUGGACGUUGUCCCGCCGGUAAUGGACCCCAAGUCCCGCAUCGAACACCACGCCGACGUCCAACAAACCCAAACGUUCUUGGCCUGGAUUGUCGAGCAGCAACACAAGCACGGACUCGGCGCAACAAACGCGCGGCUGAAAAAGGUCGCCGACUUGUAUGGGUCGUACAUGGACAACGCGCGGGAAACUGGUCGAUGUUGGGUAUUUUUGCAGCGCCGGGUGCAUACUCGUGUCGUGGCCGAGUACAUGACGGCAUGCUUUCCGGCAUAUCCUCCGUGCUGCAGCAUGCUCGGCAGCGGCCAUGGCAGUGUUGCUGGGUUAGACAAGAGCGACGUGAAGGCGGCGGACGUCGAGAAAUUGUUUAACGAGGGCAAGAGUCCCCUACUUGUGACGACGGCCAUGUCGACCGAAGUGGAGCACAUCGCCCCAUGUGACCUCGUCAUUUGCAUGGACGAAGUCGUGGAUCCGCACAAACUGGUCGACUUUCGACAGCGGGCCGAUCCCGACCACGGCGUGUUCAAGUAUGUCAUUCCAGACACCCCGAUGGAGCUUGACAAGUACCGCGCUUUAUUUGGCAAGAUGGCGAUGCUGCUGAGUCUCGACGGCAACGGUGCCAGCACAACCGAGACGUUGGACCAGGCGGUCGUGCCUCGGCGGAACACACAGCAGCACGGACGAAAGCACCACCACGGUCGCGUCAAGUACGAACUGUACCACGCCGACGUCAAGGCCAAGAUGACACUGGAAAAUUCGAUUCAGAUCCUCACGGCAUUCUGCCACACGCUGCCUGGCAUUAAAAUCUACGACAACCGGCCGUUGUACAUGAUCCAGCGCCACUUGAUGGGUCGGCUGGACGGCCGAAAGCGCUGUCGAACGGACACUGCCGACGACGGCACGAUCGACCAUCGCAAGUUUUUGUUUUCGGCCAGUUUGAAGCUCCCGUCGAUGCUCCGCGUCAAACACAACAUCUCGACCCCAAAGGUCGCCUCGGAUAAACAAGCCAAGUGCAUUGCUGCGUUCAAAGCAGUUGAAUUGCUCCUGAAACGAGGGUUCCUCGACCGGUCGUUCAAGUCGAAACUCCUCGUCAACCGCACGUUCAUUCCACAAGAGUCGGUGGACGAAGACAUGGAGCUGGAGACGCAAAACAGCUACGACAUUCCCCCCGCGACGGCAGUCGAGAUGGGACUCUCCCCGGUCAAGUCCAAACUGCUGCGUGACGGCGACGACAACGACGACGCUGUCAUGCACUUGUACGGACUGCAAGGCAUGCAGUAUGGCAUUUUGUGCACGGAGCCCAUCUACGGCGGAAAAACGUCGGGGCGGUGGCGCUUUGAAUUGCCCACAAGCGACGUGAUGAAGCCUGCCGUUCAGCACGUCCCAUUGACUGUGCAUCCGACAAAGGUGACGUUGCGCCAGUCGGAUUUGAAGAUGGCGCUCAAGUUCCACGUCAUGUUGAUGCGGUUGAUUUGCUAUGGACUGGAAGCAGCCAUGUCGCCCACGAACGGAGACAUCGACACCGAGUUCUCGUCCAAGAACGAUAAGGGGUACGUGGUGGUGCCGACGCUUUGUCCAGUCGGGGGAGGUUGUCUCGAAAUCGACUGGGCGGGGCUGCACAACGUCAUGCAGUCCGCGCUCCUUCGACCGGCGUGGCCGAUGUCCGGAGAGUGUGGCAAUUGCAUUUACGUGUCGAAUAAGCGGCGCAACGUGGCGUACGUGAUCAAGAAAGUGACGACUACCAUGGUGGGCGACGUGGCGCGGCGAGUCGUUUCCAACGAUCAGUACUGGUCGUAUACUCUCCGCCGCGCCAAGUCAGCGCCUGGGAUUCCAAUUUUGGGCCGGUGGUAUACCAAGGAAGCGUUGCUGACGGCGAGUCCAGACCAGCCGCUCGUCCACGCGAUCGAGAUUCCCGGCGCUGUGCCGUUGAUCCGGUUUGUCCACGAAGGCAAGGCCCAGUUGGACUUUGGAGAAUUGAAGGAACGGUUGCUUAUUCCUGACCAAACGUCGAUCCUGGCGCUGACAAAGCAGCAGUACUUUGACGCGAUCCGACUCGUGCCGCUCCUGUUUGAAUUUGAACGCAAGUGCCAACUCUCGACGUUGAUGCACGCGAUCGGGUGCGACAUUGACGCCAAGCACAUGGAAGAAGCGACGACAAAACCCGCCUACGAACGGCUCGAAACCCUCGGCGACUGUUUUCUCAAACUCGAGUCGACGUGGUGGCUGUACCAGAACCGCCACGAUAUCAAAUCGGAGGGAACGUUGUCCAUGUUGCGUGGAGACAUGAUUCGAAACGACCGACUGUGCAAGCUGUCGAUGCAAAAGAUGCUCCACCACUACAUGAUUUACCCCACCGACUUGGAACAACGGCCGUUCCGGUCGUGGAUUCCCAGCUGCAUGGGCCGAACACCAGACCCCGUGAUUGCGCACUUGAAAUGGAUUGCCGAUGUGCUGGAAUCCACGUGCGGCGCAUACAUCCAAGGCGCAGGCGAGUUUGCGGGCCGGGCAUUCUUGUCGUGGGCAGGGUGUUCGGUGUGCGAGGCGCCCCAAAUCUACAACCGGACAUACUUCCCCAACUGCAUCCCGCAACACGUCCCGGCCUUGGACAGUCCCGAAUUGCCCAUCCACCUGGAUACAUGGGACUUGACGCAUCUGGGGUAUCCCGAUGUCCCCGAGCGCAUGUAUCUCUUGCAAACGUCCCUCAAGUACACGUUUCAGGACAAGCGGUUGCUCCUCGAAGCCAUCACGCAUCCGUCCGUGGCGCAAUGGCUGAUCCAAGCGGACAAAUCCACGACAAACGUCGUUUGGAAAGGUGACUACGAACGGCUCGAGUACUUGGGGGAUGCCUUGAUCGAGUACCUUGUCGUGUCGUAUGCGUAUGUUCAAUACCCGACGUGGCAGCCGGGCGCGUUGUCGGAUUGGAAAGGCGCGACGGUGUGCAACGACGCGUUGGGCAAAGCCGCUCUCAUUUGCUUUCACAUGGACCAGAUCAUGCUGACGGGGUCGAUGCGGAUGGAUCCAGCGUUGGAGACCAAGUUGGCACACAUCAAGCGGCUCCAUGCCGAAGGAAGCUCGGAGCGACCUCACGUCACGAUGCCCAAGAUCUUUGCCGAUGGCUUUGAAGCCCUCUGCGCCGCUGUGUUUCUAGACUCGGGAUGCGACCUCCACGUCAUUCGAGAUAUUUUUCUCGGACCCCUCUUGUCCGUCAUUGGCGCCGAUGCCGUCGCACUCGUCACGCGGAAAAACGCCCCCAAACCUGCCGACCUGUGCCUCCCAAGGGACACCCCCAUCGCAUUUGACGCUCACGACGACGACGACGACGACGGCGUUGCCCAUGUCGUUGCUGACCCUGCAGCACACGAACCUUCAGUUGCAGACGAUGCUCCUGUUGAAGAAACCGUUGCGACGACUGCAGGCGAAGCACCAGUUGCAUUCGAAGCACCAGCUGCAGGACGAACUGGUGGCGACGACGUUGUGAAACGGGCGCGCCCCACACCUCGUCCGAUCGUGUCGUCAACGACACCUGUUGAGAUCAUCGAGAUUGACGACAGCGACGACGACUAG